AUGAGCCAGCAAUGUGCCCUUGUGGCCAAGAAGACCAAUGGCAUCCCAGGGUUCAUUAAGAAGACUGUGACCAUGGUUAAGGUACCACAGAAGACUCUUCUAAUGGAUGCACUGAAAGAAGAAUCUGAGAUCAUUUAUGAUUUCUGCAUGUGCAACCCCCCCUUUUUUGCCAACCAGUUAGAAGCAAAGGGAGUAAAUUCUCGAAAUCCACGGCGUCCCCCUCCCAGUUCUGUAAAUACAGGAGGUAUCACAGAAAUCAUGGCUGAGGGGGGAGAGCUAGAAUUUGUCAAAAGAAUUAUUCAUGAUAGUCUACAACUUAAAAAGAGGUUACGAUGGUACAGUUGCAUGUUGGGAAAGAAAUGCAGUUUAGCACCAUUGAAAGAAGAACUUCGAAUCCAGGGGGUUCCUAAAGUCACUCAUACUGAAUUCUGUCAAGGACGCACCAUGAGAUGGGCACUGGCAUGGAGUUUCUAUGAUGAUGUACAAGUACCUUCACCUCCGUCUAAAAGAAGAAAAUUAGAAAAACCCCGAAAACCAAUUACAUUUAUGGUCUUGGCUUCUACAGUCAAAGAGUUAUCCAACAAAGCUGCAGCUAUGGGCUGGGAUGCAGUAGAAGCUAUUGCUGUGGUUAGAGCCUGGGUAGAGAAGAUUCUUACUGAUCUGAAGGUUCAGCAUAAACGUGUUCCCUGUGGAAAAGAUGAAGUUAGCCUGUUUGUGACUGCCAUUGAAAACUCCUGGAUUCAUUUGAGGAGAAAGAAACGAGAGAGAGUAAGGCAAUUACGAGAACUUCCUCGAGCUUCUGAAGAUACUCUACAAGCAACGGAAGAGGAAAAAACCAGCCAGAAGAGUGCAAGCAACAAUUCAGACUGUGAAAACCCCAAGACUGAAGACUCUGAAACAGGUCUUAGGGUACCUGAUGAGGAUGUCCACUUGAGCGCAGGUGACAAGCUCAUGGAAGAAUCUGCUGCCAAGGAAGAACGCAGUGAGCACAUGGAGGAGGAGGAGACAGAGGCAAAGCAAGCAGAAACAUCACUUGGCAAAGGUUCCAGUAAUGCAGAGGAGGAACCUUGCGCUUCAGAGGAAGCUAGCAACCUGACAGUUGAAAAAGAACAGAGUCCCAGCGAAACUAAUAGAUGUUUUCUCUUUAAGUGUUUAAUCAAUGUGAAGAAAGAAGGAAACGAUGUAUUAGUAGAAAUGCACUGGGUUGAAGGACAGAACAGAGACUUGAUGAACCAGCUGUGCACAUAUGUAAGGAACCAAAUUCUUCGGCUGGUUGCUAGUUAG